AAAAAAUAUCGUAAUAUUUCUAUUUUAAACUAAUAUGUUCCUUUUAACUUAUAUUUCGUUACUGGUAUAGCUAAUGUAUUUUGUUGACAAGUUCAGCAAAGUUUAAUUCUUGACGUAAAUAAGGAUUAUCUUGAACAUAAUGAUAAAAAAAUAAAAACAUGGAAAUGACUGAAGAGGGGUAUGACGGCGAGCAACCAUUAUCUGCAUGGGAUAUGCCAGGACCUUCCUCAAUAGCUGCUAUACUUGGUUCCAUAUAUAAUAAUUCUACGUCCUCUGAUAAUCCACCAAGGAAUGAAGAGAUGGAAUGUGAUCCAUUGUUUGCUGAAAGUGAUGAUGAUGUAGAAGUAUUGCCCGCACCUGCUGAUGAAUCUACGGCAAGAAACGUCCAAACGCCAAAGAAUGCUAUUUCAUCCAAUUACAUAAAUUCUACAACACCCACACAACCAUUUGAAGUUAAUGUGACGCCUCUGUCAGCACACACACCAGUCCCGGAGGAAUACCAGCCAUUGCCCGAUAGUUCAAGUUCCAUUGAAUACUCUAUUGGCAGAAGUAAUCCAGACGGCACAAACGCUAGUGGAACUUUUAAUGAUGUCAAUAUACGUUAUCAACCCAAACCAGCUUAUCAACUUAGCACCUUCAGUUACCGCAAUGGAACUAAUCCAAGAGAAUACAUAGUGGGCCCAUAUGGUCAUAUGAACAUGAUUGUGCUUAGUGAAGAAAGAAAUUAUUUAUCACAACAGCCAAUCAAUUACGCACUUUCAGCUCGACCCCAAAUCCAAGAGACAAAUUAUUCAAAUUCAGGUUAUACAGCUCUACAACCAAGUGCUGGUCAUUCUUUUAGUAAUUUUCCUGCUGAUGGAAACCCAACUGAAAGCCGGGCACAAAGUUUAGAAAGACCAAGUCGCAAACUAAAUAUAUCUCCGAGAAGAAAACAAUCAAAAGAGACUCAAGCAAGUCCAAAUUUAAUAGAACUGAGUUCUGAUGAGGAAGAUAGCCCAUCAACACCAAGCAAAAAACCUUGUGAUAGUGGUGUAGGUAGACCUGAGAUGGCCAGAGAUGAAGCCACAAGAGCAGGCAAUAGUCGUCGGUUAUGUGGAUUAAUUGAUGCUCCUGCUAUAUGCGGAAGAGUUGGUGUUAAGGCAGAACCACAAGACCAGUUAGAAGUGUCCACACAAACCACACAACCAGUGGCAGUUGAACCACAGCCCGAUGAGCCUGUUACCGCACAUAGACAACAUUACCAAAUCCGUAAUGCCCCUCAAAUUAAAGAACAAAGUCAAUCUGUGAACUACCUGCCUCGUCCAGGCUGUGGGUGUAAAAAAAACAAAAACACAUGCUUUUUCCAUAACCCUUCAUCAGAGCAUAGAUCAAAUCCAAAUUACUUUAAUUACCAUAACGGAGCCCACCAUCAUCAUCAUCACCAUAGGAUUCCAUGCGCUCAUAAUAGUAAUGGAGCAUCUGGUUCGUCACACCCUAGUACUUCAAAUAUCAAAAUAGAGCCCGGAACUCAGCCAGUUAUAAAAGUUGAAGUAAAUCCUCCCAGGCCGUCAGAAAAUAUACAGCAUUCUUCAAGCAUUGCCGCAACUAUUAAGGUAGAGCCAAAUGGACAGGUUCCCGUAAAAUCAGAGCCAACCACACCAACACCACAGCCAUGCAAUAGAACAAACAAUGCUUACAAUAGUACAGUGACUGUUAAAGUGGAAGAGUCAGAUAGUCGGCGAUGUUGUGAUGGUGGAGGAGACAGACGGAUCAAAGCUUCUCCUCAACCAGGAACUAGUUCAGCAAGACAUACCAUGCAACCUGAAACAAGUCUUUCAACAAUACAAAACAAUAAUAACCAGGAAACUAAGCCAAGCAGAGCAGAAUCAUCAACAAGCAGUGGUGGCCAUGUCUUAUCCGCACCAGAUUUGCAACUUGACUGGGUUUCAGACUCAAGUUCUGAUGAUGAUGUGCAAGUCUUGGGAGAUGAACCAAAUACUAGGGAAGUAAUAGACUUAACUAGCUCCCCAGGUCGCACUGGUCAGUCUCCUGAAGAUGUCCCUCAGGCUCACAUAGGGGCUGUACGGUCCCCAAGGCCCCUUUUCGAGUCAGUACCGCAUCGGGAACCACCUGUCUAUCACACACCUCCAGUACCAUCGCAUCCCCAUUUAUUGCAUCGGACAAGGGUGCGUUGUAUGGUGACGUGCCGCGGCUGCUGCUGCCCGUCGCACGGCUCGCACGGCCACAGCCACCUGCACGCGCACAGCCACGGCGCACUUCCGCCGCGCGCCCCGUACGCGCACGCGCCGCACACAACGCACAACCCGCCGCCCGCCGCGCACCGCGAGUACUCGCCCUCGCUGCGCUACCACGCGCUGCCGCCGCACGCGCGCGCCGCCCUGCCGCCCGGGGCUCCCCCCGCGCCCGCCGCGCACUCCGCACACUCCGCACACAACCCGCCCGCCGCGCACCUGGGGGAGCCACUGAGCCGCGCCCCGCCGUACCUGGUGCAUGAGCGACUCUGGCAACGACAACAACACAUGCUUGAAGUGCAGCGUCGAAAUAUGAUGGGCGAUAUCACCCCGGCCCUAACGCACUUUCCGCCGCACGUACCCACUCGGCCAGCACCGGUGAUGCUUUCUUUCCCUGAUGACCACAUAGAUCGGGAUCUUUUGCCACCACCUUUGACUCUCGACGGACAACACAUCCACCAUCAUAUGCACCAUUAUCUACAAAUGCAACCGCCGCAUCUGCACAUCUCUAUACAGCCGUCGGUCAUGGGUUCGGGCGCUUUAGCCACUCAGAUGGCUGCACUUGUGCGUGUGGCCGAGGCAGAGCGUCGAAGCGCACGCGGUGCGUCGCGCGCUGUCAUAGAACGCAACACAUACCGCCACGCGUACGCACGCCCCGCACCGCACCACCAGGACGAGAAAUGCACCAUCUGCCUCUCAAUAUUCGAAGUCGAGUCCGACUGCAGACGUUUACCAUGCAUGCACCUGUUCCACAUGGAGUGCGUGGACCAGUGGCUCAGUACCAACAAGCACUGCCCCAUCUGCCGUGUCGACAUCGAGACGCAUCUAAACAAGGACGCUACCUUCUGAACAGUUUAUCCUCAAGAUGCGGCGCAUUGAUGAUCGCCUGUUGCUGUAACUCCAAGCUCUCUUGCUGCAAUAUGUUUGUUAAUUGCUUCUGAGUGUUGCAUGCCC